CCGCCAAUUCAGUUGUUCUUAUCACUUUGUCAGGGCAAGUUCUGCACAGUAAAGCCAGCGCCAGAAUCGCCCCAACAAUGAAACGCAAUUUUGAAGAUCAUCCACCGACGGUUUGCUACAAUAAAGCCCCUGCGGCCGUCGUUACCCCGGAAUGGUGUCAAACCAGACGAUCCGCCGCUUUGGCUGGAACAUUAGUCCAAGAGUUGGUAGUUCCGAAAAGAUCCGCUCGACAUUGGAAAAUGCUAGCCGGUGAUCUGUGCCGAAUUACCCUGAACGAAGGACCCCAGGUGGGAGAUAUGAACUUCUGGAAUCUACACAAUCCGAAGGAGCGCUUCUACUCCGGAAAGACACGACAAUUGCACGCAUCUCAUCUGAAAACGAACGAUAGGCUGUGGAGUAGCUUCCCGUAUUUGCGUCCGAUGGCAACUUUUGUGACGGAUUCGCUCGCUGAUUACGGAAUCGAUAAGGACGGCGGGGCACUUCAUGACGUGAUCGGGACGCGAUGUGACGACUACACGUACAAACUGAUAACGGGAAAGGAUCGUGUUGGUAGUUGCCACAGUGCCCUAACGGAAGCCGCCAAGGAGUUGGGCUUGGACGAGUCCGAUGUGCAUGACGUGUGGAAUAUAUUCAUGUGCACCGGAUUUACGAGGGAUACUCAACAAUAUUUCUGCAAACCAAGUCCUGCGAGGAAGGGCGAUUUUAUUGAAUUUAUAGCCGACAUGGACUUGAUGGUUGCACUGAGUGCUUGUCCUCAAGGUGAUGUCUCCAUAGUCGUCGGACAAGAAGUACCGGAUGAUAAAUGUUUUCCCCUGAAAGUAGAGGUGUAUCGACCAGCAGUUUAAGCGACCUUAUUUCCACACGUUUGGAAAAAUCUUGUUGCUGACGUCCUACUUUGUGAGACCAUGAGGGCAUGGCAGCGUUGACCCAUUGUAUGAUUGCUUUCGACUGAAAACUUGAUAAAUAAAACAAUAGAGUAUAGUGGGGCAAAAGCUCGA